UUUGAUAAUAGAGUAUUAGAUAAUUGGUUGCAUUGAAUGCCAUUUGAAUGGUUGGAUAAUAGGCUGGCAAUGGUUGCGAUACACUGUACUCAUCAACACAUAUAAAGUAGUGAGCGAUUGAAUCAAUGCAUUCAAUGAUCGAAUGGCUGUGAAUGUAGUGUUUGUUGUGUUCACACAAUAAUUGCUUAAAUAAAAUACUUAACAAAACCAAUACAUUUGCCAUUGAAUACCAUUUAAAGACUGUUUUGUUGGACCAAUUGGUCACCGGAGUUAAGUAGUUGAUCCUAUAUAUGGCCGAAACACAGACAGUUAAAUACGGCCAACGAAUGGAAGAAGAGGGCACUCAAGACAAGGAACGGUUCGCUCGUGAGAAUCACAGCGAAAUCGAGAGGAGGCGUCGCAACAAAAUGACGGCAUAUAUUACCGAACUGUCGGAUAUGGUACCCACGUGUUCGGCAUUGGCCCGAAAGCCCGACAAACUGACCAUUUUGAGGAUGGCCGUCGCACACAUGAAAUCAUUAAGAGGGACCGGUAAUACCAGCAGUGAUGGCACUUAUAAGCCAUCAUUUUUGACCGAUCAGGAGCUCAAGCACUUGAUUCUUGAAGCAGCCGAUGGCUUCCUGUUUGUGGUGGCCUGUGAUACGGGACGUGUCAUCUAUGUCUCUGAUUCGGUGACACCAGUGCUUAACCAGUCACAGACUGAUUUUUUCAAUUCAUGUGUUUACGAUAUAAUACAUCCCGAAGAUGUUGACAAAGUUAGGGAACAACUUUCAACACAAGAAUCUCCAAAUUCUGGACGAAUACUUGAUUUAAAAACUGGUACUGUCAAGAAAGAGGGCCAUCAAUCGUCAAUGCGAUUAUGUAUGGGCUCCAGACGUGGGUUCAUAUGUCGUAUGAAGAUCGGUAACAUACAACCGGACAGUAUAUCUCCGAGUCAUAUCCAUCGCAUGAGACAACGUAAUAGUUUGGGACAAUCACCCGACGGAAACUCGUACGCAGUGGUUCACUGUACUGGAUAUAUCAAAAAUUGGCCGCCAACUGGUGUCCAAAUGGAUCGCAUGGAUUCAGAGGAUGGACACGGUAGCCAUUGUUGUCUGGUUGCUAUCGGACGACUUCAGGUGACAUCGACGCCAAAUACCAGUGAUUUGAUGGGUUCUAAUUCAAACAAUGAGUUUAUUUCGCGGCACAAUAUGGAUGGAAAGUUUACGUUUGUUGAUCAACGGGUUUCUAAUAUUCUUGGAUAUCAACCACAAGAGCUUUUAGGAAAACAAUGCUUUGAUUUUUUUCAUCCCGAAGACCAAAAUCAUAUGAAAGAGAGCUUUGAACAGGUGCUCAAACUUAAAGGUCAGGUAAUGUCCGUUAUGUAUCGGUUUCGGGCGAAGAACUGUGAUUGGGUUUGGCUACGGACCAGUAGUUUUGCAUUUCUUAAUCCUUAUACAAAUGAUGUCGAAUAUAUUGUCUGCACAAACACUUCAGCCAAAAGUUUACAUCAUUCGAGUGGCAAUGAGAUGGCUAAUGAUCAACAAAAUACUGUAACAACUGAUGCAAAUAUUGGACAUCAAUAUCAACCGCAUUCAAUGACAGGCGUCGGUAUAAUACCGGGACAGACAAAACAUGAAGGUUUAGAUUACAGUUUACAACGUCCGCCUAAUGAUGUCUAUUCAUCUAUGAUGUCGACUCGCGGCCAUAUUCCCAAUCAGAAUAUGAAUGACCGGCGAACGGCCAAUGAUAACCAGGUCUAUAACGCAUACGAUCCCAGCCAUUCCACAGCACAAACACAUUCCGCACUCAAUUACCCGAAUAGUGGUACCAAUGCUUCGAACUCACUUUCGCAGCAGAUGAACAAAACCGGUGUUUCCGGUUCAUCCACUUCUCCACCGCAGAGCACAUGGACUCCCAGACAUUUGACUCGAACUGAAGCAUACAAUCAAAGUGUUGCUUACAAUCAAAUCAGUCCUCCAUCACGAAGUCCUUCGGGACCAACGUAUACACAAUUGAAUUCGGCACCGGGAUCAAGAGUAGGAAUGUGGGGUCAAUGGCAUAAUAAUGGAGCACCCGAUGCGCCCACUACAUCAGCCUCAUCCGUAAGCCAUCCUCCAACGCACGGCAAUCCGUCGGUUGCAAACCACGGUCCGGGAGGACCACAUCAACCUCAAGAACUGUCAGAUAUGCUUCAAAUGUUAGGACAAUCGGAGCCGACAUCGUUUGAAGACUUAUCUAUGUUUAACACAUUCACCGAAUGAAGCAAUCAAUUGACACAUUUAUAUGCAUUUAAUAUGUUAUCACUUUUUAUUACGAGAAGUCUUAAGAGAAGACAAAUUUCUUUUAUAAAUAUAUAUAAAUAAUUAAAUGUAAUCA